GCGGGCGAGCGAGCGAGCCGUGAGUGCUGCUCGCGUUGCCUCAGUCAUCGCGCAAGUUCAGUCGCCGAGCGGCCGCUGUGAGCGACGCCGAGCCGUCGAUCGGUGCCGCUGGUGCAGUUCUUCGGCAAGACCACAAGCCCCUGGUGCCGUGUCCGCCAGAGGACCUCGUGUGGAUUGCUCGCGCGUUGAGUGCUUUGGGACCGAAAGAUCGCGCAACAGUUCCUCAAAACCCUCCGAGUGGCAAGCGGGGUGUUUGUUUUGAUUCCAGGAUAAACUCCGUGUGGAUUGUUGUGCCUGCUUCCGAAGGACCCACGCCGUAGUACACAUACAGUUCCUCGCACACCGUCUACCUGUCUCCGUCCUCAUCUACGAAGCAUUUGUUAACCGAAGAGUGAAGCAUCCCCUGUUGAAGGGUGGUGGUCGUCCUCUUGUCCGGCUCUUGGAUUUCGCUGUGCGCGCUUUCCCGGAUUGCGUGAGUGUGUGCGUCGGGUGACAGUUAGGGAGGAGGAUUUCGCACGCGUCCCACCACCACCGCCACCUUGGAUUGCUGGUCAUCGUCGGCAGCCGAUAUCGACGCCGCGUCGUCGUAGCCCGGAAGUCGGGUGUGUUUACGGUGUAGCGACGGCCCUGCGACUGUGCCGGGAUCGCCUCCCACCCCGCUUCUGCGAGUUUUGGUGCCAGCCCGGUUGAGCCAGCAAGGUCUCGCACUGCAGCCUCGCGGCCCCUGACAAACCGUGACCGCGACGGGGUACAACACGAUGCGACCUCGGUCGCCGGCGGAAGCGGCGUUUCUCCUCUGAAGACCUCCAACCAGGCUCCGAUGGCUUGAGGACGUCCGGAAGGCCAUGGGCAACUCGCACUCGCAGGCCUCCGACGAGCGGCCGCGCGAGUCCUCCGUGCUGUCCUCGUCUCGGGGCAGCAGCAGCACCAACGGGGGCGUGCUGAACGCCAAUGGCGGCCUGCGCGGCCACAAGCGGCUGGCCGGCAAGUUCGCCAGCCCCGGCAACCGGGUGCUGCCCCAGCCGGCGGUCGAAGGCGUGCGCCUGCUCAAGACCACGCAGAACGGCCACAUCCUGCACAGCGGAGGCACCAUCAGCGGCCGCCGCCUCAUCAGCCAGAACUCGGACGUGCAGGACAACCCCGAUCUGCUGCGCAUACUGCAACAACGGCGCUCGAUGUCCGACAUGGAGCAGCAGCAGUCCGACCCGCCGGGGCAGCUGCAGCCGGGACGACGGGCGCACAGCGACCCGGACAUUGCGCGCAGCGUCGUUGACGACGAAGACGAUGACGAAGAGGAGGACGAAGGUAUCACAGGGCGCAGCUUGAUCGCCAUCAGUCCGAGCAAGGCCAAGAUCAAAUCCCGGAAGAAAGCCAAGGCGCCCGACCCGCCGCAGCCACUGUCAAGCAGCCUUCCGAAGGAAUCGGACAGACCACCGAGCGGUCGAGCCUCGGAAGACCCCGGAGGAAAGACCGUCUUCUCCAAGUUCAAGGGGCGCCGCAGCGAGGGCAAGUCGCCGGCUCCAACGCCUCCCCCGCCUCCACCGCCUCCGGAUUACAACUCGGACGACAACGUCGUCUUCCGCCCCGGAAGCAGCUACGAGAAGAACCGGCGAAACGUCGAAAAGUGGAGACUCUCGAAGACGGACCCAGCUAGGCCCGAAGGCGCGGGACAGAAGAAGACGACGUCUUCGAGCGACGGCCCUGCGGCCAAGCCAGAGCCCUCCGUGCUCGCCAAAGACUUCAAGGAGGAGCUUCUGGCCGUUGCGAAGCGCAGAGCUUCCAACUGGUUUCGCCGUAGGGUCGCCGAGGAGAAUGGUCGUGGAUCGAAAACGCCGCCGGCCUGCAACGGUGACCUGAAAAGCCCCAAGUCGACGCCCAAGAAGCAGUAUUACUUUUCGAACUUCGACGCACUCAAGCUGAAGGACGGCUCCGUACCCAACGGAAACGUCAAGAAGACGAAAGCUGACAAGGGUACACCGAAACGCGAGAACCCGUCCCUGAAUCCGCGUAGUCUGGCCGCGAUCGACGAUCAUUCCCAGGGAGAAUCAAAAGUGAUCGAGUACAUAUUGAACGAUUCGAGCCGGUUGCAGGACCACGUCUUCGAAGUCAAUCAGGAACCCGAGCACUAUAAUCACGCUAACCGUAAGGCUGAGAACAGGCAGCGUAAUAGCCGCAGCCCCGUCCAGGCGUGGCCAAAGUCCCAGUGGCCUCUAGACAACCUCAGUGGUGGUGGAACGUCUUCAGCCAAGUCGUCUCUAUCAAGCGGCUCGGACCAGGACCUCAAUGUCAACAUCCAACUCAGGCCAACGCUUCCCAGGAAGCAAAUGGACAUACCACGCUUCUCACCUACUGACGCCUGGAGGUCGUUGUGGGCUACCGACAGCCCCCAGGCGCGAAGGAGCGACAGGCUGCGUUCCGAAGCAAGUACCGAUGACGGUGACGUCCUGGAAGACCAAAUAAGGAGGGUCAGCCGCGUGAUGGCGCCGAGGAGAGUGAUGGCCGACCGCUGCGGCGACUCAGGGAUCUCUCCCGACGCAGGAAGUCCGCUGUUCAUCCAUGACGCCGUCGACGGCGCACCUUUCGGUCCGGGCCCCGGGAGGCGGUCGGAGGGCGUAGGGAGAGCGUCGCCCCCGGACGGCGUCCGCGAAGACCAUUGGGUGCCGAAAGAAGACCUCAUGGAUGACUCCGACUCCGGCAGCGUGGGCCCCACCACGUCGGGACUGCAGGAGAAGCAACCGCAUGGUAUGCUUGGCCUCCAGGCCAAGUUCACCAUGCCGGCCAACAUGUUCCUCCCCUGGUCUACACCGUCGGCGACUAUGAGGACGGAGGAUUCUUCUGACCAGAGCAGCAGACCACGGGGACGGCUACGAAAAAACCCACGCAUGAUGACUCCGACGGCCGAGAACUUCAACAGCCUGCGUAACCUGCGCAAAGCGUUAGGCCUGCGAGGCCGCGACUACAUUGGAGACCGACAGAACGGCGGCAUCGACUCCAACUGGUCCCUGAGCCGUAGCGCUCCCAAUUCUCUCAACAUCGUUGGAGGAGACAUUGACCUGCGCAGGUCUUCCGAAGAGUCCGCGACCCCCGAAGUGGAGGAGAAGCCCAAGGAGAGUCCCGUGUGGCGCGACAACUCCAGGAGUGAGUCGGCCCGGAGAACGUCGUCGUUCAGUUUCUCAAGGGAGGGCCACGUCAUGUAUCUGCCAGAAUACGAGGUGCGUACGGGUUCGGGCUACAAGCCCGCGAGCAACAGCAACGGCAGCAGCAACCGCCCGUCCAGGUUCGACAACAAAAAAUCCAAGAAGUUUUCUUAUAUGAGCACUGUCAGGAAGGAGGAACGGAAGAGGCUAGAGGAACGGCUGGCGCAGGAAGUUGCGGAGAAGGAGAGGCUCCGUGAGAAAGAGAUUCGCUGGAUGAAUCGCGUCGAAGAGGAGUUCCGCAAGCAAAGGGACAAGGAGAAGUUGGACAUUCGGCACCAGCUGCGCAUGCUCAGCCUCGAGUCAAAGAAGACCGAAGGUGAGCAGAACGGCGACUUAGUCAACGGGGACGAAGCGGUCUGGAAUGGUAACGGCCCUGACCAUAAUAAGGGCGUCUCGACCAACGGCGUAGGCAAGUGGGUGCGGCGCCGCGAUUCGGACCACCAGGUGAACGGUCACGGAGGAGGGGCAGCGGACUCUCGGAACUUCAGUCCACCUCGGCCAGAGCCCGAGGGCGGCCGUUCGUCGGGAGACGAGUGCCGCAAUUCGCUCGAGAACUACAACCCGACCGCCGUGGUGCCGGAACCGGGGCGAAAUUCGGCACCGGCCAAGAAGCGAAUCUACGACCAGAUAUCGCGCGUCAUGCGCGGUGGCAUCGACAAUGGCGACAAGUGCAACGGUCACUCGGCCGACGACCGGCGGUCGCUCUCGCCGGCAUCGCAAGUGGGAGGUCGCCCUACGCGAAACCGCAGUUCCAGCCCGACGAGACGAAGGAGUUCGUCUUACGAUGACCGCAAGGUGGACCACGCCAUGAGCGUCUUCAAGAAGGAGGCCCUUCAGAGGACAAACAGCGGCAGAACAUACGAGUCGCACUCCAACUACAUCUACAGCGUGGCUCAGAAGAAGGUGUCAGAAGUGCCAAAGGAGGGCCGGUACAGGCCUCUCGAAGACUCGGACAGCAUGAGCGACGAGCUACAACGGUCCAGGGCCGACGCGAGGCAGCGACUGCCUUCCGGUAGUGACGUGGCGGUGAAGCGUGGUGGCGCUACGAAGCCACUGUUGACUGUUCAGCCUUUUGGUGCCAACAAGGGGUACCGGCCCGUGCCUUUUGGACUGAGGCAACAGCACGAGGCGCGGCCUAACAGAUAGGCGUAGCAGUUGCCAGCUGUCCUAGUAUGUAAAUGUUGAACUGAUGCUCGUGCGUUGACGGCUUCUGUCCUAGAUGAAACUUCUAACACUGACAUCUGAAUUCGUGCUGCUGCAUUUCAAGAGCCGACAAGAAAUGCACCUCUAAUCACUAAAAAAUUAAAAGGCCAUGAGAUUUUAAACAGCAAUCCAUUCUCGUUCGUCGUGUAAUGUGCAGGACGAACAUCGCGGUUGUGCACUAACUUCUCUAAUGGUGCUGUAACUUUUUCGAAUUGCAUGUACAUAUUUCCCACGACACGGCGACGCAUCUCAGGGUGCAAUUAUGAAAACGACACAAGUGCCUUACGAGGGGGAGUUAGGAGAAAGCGCGGGCGAUAUGAAAAGAAGAAACAAAAUACUUUCACGUGAGCAUACUCAGAGACGGAAUUCUUUGUACACUUUGUUAAUAAAUCUGUUCACGUCUUAA